GAAAUAGCUAAGAGCGAGGAGGCGGGUCUGUUCGCAUUGCUACGUCUGUUUCCUAGCACUGACACUGCACUGAGGAGAUUGUGCAGCUUAGGCGAACAAAUAAUGGACCAAAGGCCGUUUUCAACAUAGCUAUCCACUGUUUAAAUCGAGUUGCUAGCUGCCCAGCUAGCUAACUAAAUACAGAGACAUUACCAAGAUCAAGUACGCUAGCUAGUUAACUGAAGACGAGAAGAAUAUUCACUUGUCUAUAAUAGUUCACCCCCUCGCGCGCAUAUACACAUCAACACGGCAUUGAUGGUAAUGCAUGCAAGGAAACAACCGAGACUCAGCGAUGGGUGCAACGACCGAAGGGAUUCACAACCCUAUCAGACCCACAAAUCCCUGCCAAAGAGUCAAUCUACCAGCCUUCACCGUCACGAUAAAAUGCGAGAUGGCUUGUCAGAUCCUACGCCACCCUACAAAAUGCUUCGACGAUCCGAUGAAAGUCCAGUCAACAAGCAGUGUGACGGAUCCAGCAAAACCAAACCAUUUAACACCCUCCGAGGGACCAGCUGCUCUCCACAAGACAGUUUGCACAACCACAGCUCCAACUCUCACACGAAGGCUCCAGACACCCCUCACGAACCGGCGGACGACUGGUCCGAGCACAUCAGCUCCUCUGGGAAACGGUACUACUACAACUGCAGAACUGAGGUCUCGCAGUGGGAGAAGCCCAAAGACUGGCUGGAGAGAGAGCAGAGGCAAAAGGACCUGUCUAAGAAGGAGUCCAACACCUUUCCUAAGGACCGGGACUACCGCCGGGAGGCUGUGGACUCUGCCACCACCAAGAACGCUUCAGGAGACAAACCAUCCUCCACCUCUGCUCCUUCGCAGUCUUCCUCCUCUUCCUCCAAUCAGGGCCUGAACCAAGCAUCCGGCUCUAACCCCGCCCCCUCGUCCUCUUCCUCCACGGUCCCGGUGUCCCCCUCUGUCCAAUCCCAGGCCUCUGGUCUGCUCCAAGACCCCGCCCUCCUGCGCCAGCUCCUCCCAGCGCUGCAGGCCACAUUGCAGAUGAACAAUGGCAGCAUGGACAUGACCAAGAUCAAUGACGUCCUGGCGGCUGCUGUCACCCAGGCUUCCUUGCAGUCUAUGCUUCAUAAACUCCUCACUGCUGGACCGCCCGCUUUCAACAUCACUGCUCUGCUUUCCCAAGCUGCCCAGUACUCCUCCAGCCAAGCGGCUCAGCAGGCGAGCCAGUCGCCCGUGUCGCUGACGUCCGACGCCUCCUCGCCCCGCUCCUACUUGUCCCCCCGGAACGGCACCCCCCAGACCAACCUCCUCGCUCAGAAACCCUUGCUCAGCAUGACCCCUGCCCCGUCGCAGCCAAAGGUUACUCCGGUGAAACCAGGACCAGUUCCUCAACAGGCUUCGGCAGAGAAGCGUCCAGAAGACCCCCGGACUCUCCAGCAGCGAAGCAGCCAAGGGAGUUCACCAGGACACAAUGGCAGCGCCAGUGGCAGUUCCUCGAACCCCAACGCCCCCUCAGCCCAGACCAGCACUCCCGGCUCCUUCACUCCCUCGCUGGCUUCUCACUUUGAUGAGAACCUCAUCAGGCACGUCCAGAACUGGCCCGCCGAGCAUAUGGAGAAGCAGGCGUCGCGGUUACGGGAGGAUGCCCACAACAUGGGGAGCCUCUACAUGUCUGAGAUCUGCACGGAACUCAAAAACCUCCGGUCUUUGGUCCGAGUUUGUGAGAUUCAGGCGACGCUGAGGGAACAAAGAAUCCUGUUCCUGCGACAGCAGAGCAAAGAACUGGACAAGUUGAAGAACCAGAACUCUUACAUGGUCUGACAAUCUGUGUGUGGGGGGGGGGGGGGGGGGCAAAGGACGGUGAACUGCUUUAGGCUGCGGUAGAAACCCCGCAACGCGGUCCUCAACGCCCCAUGAGCCCCCGGUCGGAAAACACUUCCGUACCAUCGAGAAACGGCGAGCGAGGACACAGAGGCCUUCUGAUGUCGUUCCGGGUUACGUCAUUCGGCGUACAGUUGCCAAAGCCCCUGAGAGUGUAGAUUUCGUCUAGGCGUCCACAAUGUAAAUUGUUCUUUGAAGCCGCGGGCUAACAGAAUACUGAGCCCUCGUUGUGCUUUUCAUGGACACCCGGACCGGGGGGUUCCUGGAGACCAUGUAGGUCGUACCCUUUUCCUCAUCUGAGGGACUCAGUGGACACCUUUUGGGACCCUGAACUGGGUGCCGGUGUUAGUUGCUUUGGAUGUUUUGGCUGAAAUGUGCGUCAUUUCCUCCACUGUGGCUAGAAUGAUGUUUUCUACAGUCGACUGAGUACAGUAGACUCAGAUUGGCUUGAGAUGUAUGCAUCGCAAACUGAUUCCAGGAGGAUUGGAAACACUUUGUGACAGACUCAAAGGAGCGAGUUGUGGGGAAGACUUCAACUGGCCCACAGGUACACAGCCGCUCCUAGAAUUAGCUCACUUCACAACUCAUUCUGGACUCGUAUAGUUACCAUUCACUAAGGAAUCCUGUUUUUAUUUUUAUUUUUUUGUACUGUGAGCUGACAAA